CUUAUUUCUUUUCAUACAUUAAUGGCAAUUUUUUAACAGAUCUGAUUUUUGUAACUGUUUUCAUUUGGUAAUUGAGAUGCUAGAUUGAAUGUUUGAUUCACAGUGAGAUUGAGUUAGAUUAGAAUGGUAGUGUAGAAAUUGUAGAUUUCUAUGCUUUUUUGGCGUUUACUGUGUUCUCUGACUCUGGUUUCAUGGCUGGGAAUUGUAUGUAUCAUGUCAGUAGAUUAUAAAAAGUAAAACACGACGUCUUUUGAACGGCAUGUUGCUUUUCCACUGUUGAACCUUUUUCCUUCCCAUUUAUGUUUGCCUCCACACUGAGAUAUUCUUACUGAUUUUAUUCCAUUUGUAGAGUGAGUGUAAUCAUCCACCAAUAUUAAGUUGAUUGCUCUGCUUGUUACUUUUAGUAAGUGCAGUGUUACUUUUGGUUAUUGUCAACUGUAGCGAGCAAACAGUUUUUCAUGGUUCCACAAACUGUUAAUUUUCCUCUUGUUGGUCUGGCUUGCCCUGUUUUUAUGGCUUCUACAUGUAGCGGUAACGGCAUCCCAUAAGUGGUACUUGGAGUUGGACCAUCAUGGUGGUUUUUUUUUUUUUUUUUUUGUUUAGAUUUUCAUGAUUCCACAAACUGUUAUUUUUCCUCUUUUUAGUCUGGCUAGGCCUCUUUUUAUGGCUUCUACAUGUAACGGCAUCCCAUAAGUGGUCCUUGGACCAUCAUUUUUUAAGAUUUUCAUGAUUCCACAAACUGUUAUUUUCCUCGUGUUGGUCUGGCUUGGCCUCUUUUUAUGGCUUCUGCAUUUAGCGCUAACGGCAUCCCAUAAGUGGUCCUUGGACCAUCAUAUUUUUUCAGAUUUUCAUAAUUCCACAAACUGUUAUUUUUCCUAUUGUUGGUCCGGCUUGCCCUGUUUUUAUGGUUUCUACAUGUAGCGCUAAAGGAAUCCCAUGAGUGUUCUUGUACCAUCAUUGUUUUUAUUUAUUUAUUUAUUUAUAGAUUCUAAAUGCUAAAUUUUAAGUGAUUAGCCUUGGAAUAGUUCUGUAUCCAAGUCAAUAAUUGUUAACUAUUAUAGUUUUCUUCAAAAACUACUUUAAGGAGAGAUGAUGUAUUUGGUUUAAUUUGUUACCUAGUGAACCAAAUUGUUAUUGCACACUCACUCUUGGAACAUUUCGAUAUCAGAGUAAAGGGGCAGAACAAGUUUUCUCUGAAUGUUAUAAGUUGAGGAAGUCAGCUCUUGAUAAGUUGCAUAUUCAUUUGUUUGUAUUUGGAAGAGGUCAAACAACUGAAGAAUGAAAGAGACAGACAAGAGGAGAACUCCAAAUAAUGGCCAAUCAAAGCGCUCUGGGAAAACUGAAAAGAGAGAACGCAAACCACAUCAAACAUUGAGUGGAAAAGAAAAUGAAUCCAAACAUUUGCAUGCUAAAUCGGACUCCAGUACUUUAGUAAGUGAUUCCAACACGGGCUCAGAGCCCUCUGAAGUUUAUGAAAACUUGGUUAUACAUUAUGUGGAUGAUGUCAACAGGUUUGAGGAGGCACCUCAAGAUCCAAAAGCCAAUGCCAUGAUUGCCAAAGUGAACAAUGAGAUCUUAGAUGAUCGUUUGAGUGAUUUAGAAAAAGAACCUAAGCAGGGGAAGGAAGAGGAACCGGCUACUGAGACAAUAAAAGAUUCAGUAUCAUUGCAGGGGGAUUCAUUGACGGCUGAUGAUGAGAAAGUAGAAAGAGUUUCAAGAGUACCUAAAAGUAUUAGUAAUAAGGAUUCCUCAGACAGUUCUGGUGGAUCUAGAGUGAGAUCUAAUAGUGGAAAUAGUAAAUCUCAAACCAAGGCAGCAAAUAGCACUGCUAAGAAACCUGCAAAAUCAAAUAAAGCAUCAUCUAGAGUUACUAGCAAAAAUUCUUUGGAUAAAAAUUCUAAAGAUAUGAAACUUCCUACUAAACCUUCAGACUCUUCUGAAGGAGCUUCUGAUGAUAAGCCUGUUGAAGACAUAAAAGAAAUAGAAGUUUUGGACGAGGCUUCAAAUGGUACUCAGAGUAUAGCAAGUGACAAUGAAACUGUUGAUGCUGAAGAAAAUGGUGAACAUGAGGAUGAGGCAGCUUUAAAUCAAAGAAUUGAAGAGAUGGAAAUGAGAAUUGGGAAACUUGAAGAGGAGCUCAGAGAAGUUGCUGCUCUGGAAGUUUCAUUAUAUUCUGUAGUCCCAGAGCAUGGGAGCUCAGCACAUAAGGUGCAUACACCUGCACGACGCCUUUCUAGACUCUACAUUCAUGCUUGUAAGAAUUGGACUCAAGAUAAGCGAGCCACAAUUGCAAAAAACAGUGUGUCAGGACUUGUUUUGAUUGCUAAGUCCUGUGGUAACGAUGUUCCUAGGUUAACCUUCUGGCUGUCCAACACCAUUGUGCUGAGGGAGAUCAUUUGUCAGGCAUUUGGCAGUUCACGUCACUCAAGCCCACUUGCAAGGUUUGCCGAGUCCAAUGGAGGCACCAAGAAAAGUGAAGGAAAGCCUACGACUCUUAAAUGGAAGGGUAGUUCUGGAAGUAAACAGGCUAAUGGUUUUAUGCAGCUUGUAGAUGAUUGGCAAGAGACAGGAACCUACACGGCUGCAUUAGAAAAAGUUGAAUCAUGGAUAUUUUCUCGAAUAGUUGAGUCAGUAUGGUGGCAGGCUUUGACUCCACAUAUGCAAUCUCCAAGUGGGAAUUUUUCCUCCAAUAAAUCCUUUGGAAGGUUGUUGGGACCAGCCUUAGGUGAUCAGCAGCAAGGCAGCUUUUCUGUCAACCUAUGGAAGAAUGCUUUUCGAGAUGCUUUUCAACGGCUUUGUCCCGUUAGAGCAGGAGGCCAUGAGUGUGGUUGCUUGCCCAUCAUAGCACGAAUGGUUAUGGAACAGUGUGUUGCCAGACUAGAUGUGGCAAUGUUUAAUGCUAUAUUGCGUGAGUCAGCCCAUGAGAUCCCAACUGACCCUGUGUCAGAUCCUAUUUUAGAUGCAAAAGUUCUGCCUAUUCCAGCUGGGGACUUGAGCUUUGGUUCUGGUGCACAACUGAAAAAUUCUGUUGGUACUUGGUCCAGAUGGCUUUCUGUUAUGUUUGGCAUGGACACUGACGAUUCCUUGAAAGAAGAUCAGCACAGCUGCGACAAUGAAGAGAGGGAAGAUGGUGGACCUAAAGCCUUCCAACUUCUGAACGACUUGAGUGACCUUUUGAUGCUUCCAAAAGACAUGCUCAUGGACCGAUCAAUAAGAAUGGAGGUGUGCCCAUCAAUAGAUCUCCCAUUAGUUAAGCGGAUUCUUUGCAACUUUACUCCAGAUGAGUUCUGUACGGAUGCUGUACCUGGAGAUGUAUUAGAGGCUUUGAAUGCAGAGAGCAUUGUGGAGUGGAGAUUGUCAGGAGAAUCUGCAAGAAACUUCCCUUAUACAGCUGCCCCAGUCGUGUACACACCUCCUUCCUCUGCUGAUGUAGCAGAAAAAGUUGCAGAGGUAGGAUCAAGAUCGCAGCUGUCAAGAAAUGUAUCUACUGUGCAGAGGAAAGGAUAUACCAGUGAUGAAGAACUCGAAGAACUGGAUUCUCCUCUUACAUCCAUAAUUGAAAAAUUGCCAUCCUCUCCAUCUAUUGUAUCAAAUGGAAACGGAAAUGGAAAGCACACAGAACAUACAGGUUAUGGUGUCACAAAUGCAAGGUACGAACUCCUUCGUGAGGUGUGGUCUGCAGAAAUGUGAAGAUUGGCUCUGUUGUACAUGUUUUUUCAAAUAAGUAAAUAUGAAGUAAAAAAAAUGAGAACACUAGGAAAAUAUGCAGUGAAAAAAAAUGUGGGAGUGAUUUCAGUUUCAGGAAUGUCCAAAUGCAGUUCAAUUCAUCAGCUCUUUUUGUAUAUUAGACAGAGCUUGCUAUCAAUUUGAGCAUCAUGUGAGAUAAAAAAGAAAUUCUAUUUCAUUCAAUAGAAGUAUCUAUUUGGUUUUACAGUUCUAA